AUGGAUACUGCUCAACAACUAAUUGGACCUUACAUGCUUGUCCGUAACCUUGGAAGUGGUUCCACAAGCAAGAUCAAGUUGGCAAUUCAUCAAGAAACAAAAAUGCCAGUCGCAAUUAAAAUAAUAAAAAAAGAUUCUUUUAAAGAUAACCCACAACUCCAACCAAAAAUCCAAAGAGAGAUUGCACUCAUGCGUCUUUUCGAUCAUCCUCAUAUUCUCAAGCUAUUAGAUAUUCUAGAAAGCCCGAGACAUUUAUAUAUCGGUCUAGAAUACGCUUCACAUGGAGAAUUAUUUACUUACGUUGUAGAAAACAAGCAAAUAAGUGAACAAGCAGCCAUGCGUUUCUUCAGACAGAUAAUUUACGGUUUAGAAUAUCUACAUUCCCUUGGAAUAUGCCACAGAGACUUGAAACCGGAGAAUAUCCUUUUGGAUGACAAAUACAAUAUCAAAAUUGCAGAUUUUGGAUUUGCUCGUUUCACAAAAAAGAACGUUGCUGAAACUUCAUGCGGCUCACCACAUUAUGUUGCUCCAGAAGUCAUAGGAGGUGAAGUUUACGAUGGCCGCUGUGCGGAUGUUUGGAGUUGCGGAGUUAUACUUUAUGCAUUACUCACAGGAAAUCUUCCAUUCGACGAUCCAUCAAUCAGAAACUUACUUGCGAAGGUCAGACGCGGUGUUUUCACCAUGCCUGAUGUUAGUGAUCCACUAAAGGACCUCAUAUCUAAGAUGCUUACGAAAGAUCCAAAGCAAAGAAUUACAAUUCGACAAAUUAAAGAGCAUCCUGCAUUCAUUGCUGGUCUCCCUGAAGACUUUGUACAACCUACGCCAUUACCAUUACCAUCAUUCUCUACGCCAAUCGAUCCCGACUCAGUUUCCCCAGAUUUACGAGACAUCCUCAGAAAAAUCGGCUAUCCGAGCGACGAAGAGCUCAAUGCCGACCUCAGUGAGGCUGCCCCAACCAUGGCCAAGGUCUUCUACAACAUGUUGACCACUAGAAUGAUGCUCGAUCAAUUAGAUUGGGACAAAUGUGUUGGAAACUCAAAUGGAACAUUCUCUGCAUCGACGUCCAUCGAUUCUUUCCUUGUUGCACCAGGAAAUUCCGUUCCAGACUCGUUCAAUCACCCUGCAUCUUUUGCGGCCAACGAUCCAUGUUCUUUGGCCAACCCCAUUGAUUGGCCGGCCGCUGCUGAUGAACUGGGCGAGGUUUCUGCUACGAAAAACAUCAUUUCGUACCCGCUCGAAUGUUAUGACGCGAUGUACGCUAUACAACAGUGCAUGAAGAGUCUCCAGAUGCAGUGGUUCUCUCCGGAUGAGACAAUGAUCAUCUGCAGACACGAAGAAAAGGAUUUGUACGCUGUUGCAACGUUUGAUGGCGAAAAUGCGGUUAUUGUACAGCUUUGCCAGGGCCAACCAUCCGAUUUUGCUGUUCUUUGCGCAUCAAUUGAGGAGUCUAUUAACAGAGCAAUUAAGUUAUCUGAAGAGGAAGAUAUCUAA